AUGUCGAACGCUGAGCUCGCAACUUCCUACGCGGCUUUGAUACUCGCCGAUGACGGUGUCGAUAUCACUGCCGACAAAUUACAAACACUCAUCAAGGCUGCCAAGAUUGAAGAUGUUGAACCUAUCUGGUGCUCACUUUUCGCCAAGGCUCUCGAGGGCAAGGAUGUCAAGGACCUUCUGUUGAACGUCGGAUCAGGUGGUGGAGCCGCUGCUGCGCCAACAGCUGGAGGUGCCGCAUCUGGAGGAGAUGCUGCUGCUGAGGAGACCAAGGAAGAAGAAAAGGAAGAGGCAAAGGAGGAGUCAGACGAGGAUAUGGGUUUCGGUCUUUUCGACUAG